AUGUUGCAGGCGCUUGCAGAUUUGAGGGCGGGUUUGGGCAUUUCGGGCUGGCCGGGAUUUUGGGACUGCUGGUAUGCUUUCAGAUGUGGCACUUGCGGGAAAACGACUUGGAUACAGAAAUGGAUUCUACAUGCAAGGCUGCAGAGCGGAGACUGCCGAAAAGUUACAGGAUGCCCAACAGACAGAGUCGAGUUGUUUUUUACGAGUGCUGAAGAUCGCAUCUGGAGUUUAUGCUGUGCCUGUGAGCUGUUCGUGGAGGUGGCGAAGGAGGAGAUCCGACUUGAGGAGGACGACGGUGAAGCUGGGGCUUCAUUGAAGUCGCCCCCAUCUCACCUCUAUGAUCCGUGGUCUUUCCCACCCUUUGAGGAGGAGCCAGAGGCCGAUUUCGCAGAUGCGGACCCCGAAGAGGAGGCGGCCGAGGAGAUCCCAGAGCCGGCCAGAGAAGCGGAGCCACGGCGGGAGGAGCCGCUGGACGAGGUAAGCGUAAAUGGCUUGGACAACACAGCCUGGGUCUUCAUCCUCUUGCUCGCCACUUUGGUGGAGGUCAUUUUCAAGGGCAUCCUAGCGCCGAGCAUGCCAACAGUGUGCUACUGGGUCUACAAGAAAUGCGAGAACUGCAACGUCUGGUACGACAUGAACUUCUACCAAUCGACGCAGGGGAUCAUCUACAUUCUUUGCAGCUUCGCUCUGAUCUUCGUAGUUGCCUUCGAGCGGGUGUUCCAAGAUUACCUUCACGGAAUCCAGCCCUAUUGGAAAUUCUGGGGCGUCAAGAUCGUGGUCAGCGUCACCUAUUUCCAGUGGCUUCUUUUCAAGUACGGCUUCCAGAUGCACGAGGAAGAGGUGGAUGGAGUCUCGGAGUCGAUUGACUUGAGCAGCAACUUCGGGAGCAGCAACUGA